ACAAAUCUCAGACAGCAAUGAUGAAGUGAGAACACACCGAAACGAAUAUCGGAAAGUCUUUUAAAAGUGAAUUCAGAAAUUUACAACAAAUAUUGAUAUUUACUCGGCAAGCACAAUAAUUAUAGCAUGGCUAUUUGCUAUAACAAAUUAGAAAGAUAAUAAAAUUAAAUAUAUUAAGAAAAAAAAAACAAAUUAGAAAGUAAUCAAAACCGCCGCACCCCACCCACCAUGACCCAACCAACUGUACGGUACAAUGCGCUGAGCAAAGAGUUAAUCUUGGCGCAUUGUCAUUAUGUUGCCCUGCCAUCGGAGCUUAUAGACACAUACGGCACAUGUACUGAAUAUCUGGAUUGCAGUCAUAAUCGGCUGAUGAACUUAUCGUAUUUGUAUGAAUUUACAAAUCUUGAAUAUCUAGUGCUAGACAAUAAUCGGCUGCAUGAGGCACAUUUCCAGCAACUGCAAUGGUCGUUGCCGAAGGUUAAGUUGUUGAUGUUGAACCGCAACGAGUUAAUGGAUCUUCAGAGGACUAUUACACUUUUAGCUAGCAUUUUUCCGAAUCUGGAAUAUUUGAGUUUGCAUGGGAAUCCAAUUUGUCCGGAUAAGCUGGAGCUGCAGCCGUUUUGUGAAUAUGUAAAUUAUGAAUAUGAGCAUUACAGAUCUCAAAUUUCCAGCCAAUUUGGGCAACUAAAAUUUUUGGAUCAUUAUGAUUUACAAAAUCCUAACCAUCGAUUAUCCAAUACGCCCUCAAAUUCAAAUAAGGAUAUCAGAGAAAAAACAACGCCAUUUGAAUGGCUUAAAAACAGAAAUAAUUCCCCGAAACCAUUUAAACAACCAAUAACAACAAAAAUGCAAAUAAAUAAUAUUAGUAAAAUAUUUACGUUUGGAAAGUUAGGCUUAUGGAAAAAGGCUGGCCCAAAGCAGUCCGAUGAAUCGGAAGUUGUUUUUGGCAUCGCCAACAAGAAGUUUUGACAACUAAAUGCAGUAAAUUAAUUAAAAAAUAUUGGCUUAUGAAAAUGCAGCUCGAGUGCUAAAAAAAAUCGCUGUCACCGAAAAACCUUACCACUUUGCGCACACCCUAAUACUACGUGGAAGUAAGCGCAAGAUAAAUCAGCAAAUGGUAGAAAAUUAAAAAAAAAUUCACCACAAUUGACAACAAUCACGCAUUCGAGGAGAAUAAAGAAAUUUAUAUAUAAAAUACAGGUUUAACCAUUUUUUGGUUUCGAAAAUGGACGU